CACAGCUCAAUCCACGUCCACAACCAGCAGAUUCAGAAGCAGCAACAGUAAAAUAACAUUUCCUCGAUUGACAGGUGGCAUGGAUCUUGGAAAUAUCACCCUGGGCUCAGCCGAAAACUCUCCAAACCAGAGCAGCUGUGAUGUGUUUGUCUACCAAAGAGCGGCAGUGGUCCUCUUCCCUAUUUUCUACUCAGUGGUUUUCAUCAUCAGCGCGUGCGGCAACAGCCUGGUCCUCUACGUUAUCUGCCAGAAGAGGCAGAAGUUCAACUCCACCUCCAUUUAUUUGGUCAACCUUGCUCUGUCUGACACUUUGUUCACACUUACGCUGCCUGGGAGAAUUACCUACUACAUCCGUCACUAUGACUGGCCCUUUGGAGACUUCCUCUGCAGACUGACCACACUUCUUUUUUUCGCAAACACAUAUGCAGGUAUUGGCUUCAUGACCUGCAUCAGCCUGGACCGGUACUUGGCCAUGGUGCAUCCACAUCGUCUGCAGUGUCUGAGGAGCACAAAGGUGGUUCGCAGGGUCUGCUGCCUGGUCUGGGCUUUGGUAUCUCUGCAGAUAGCUCCCCUGGUCUUCCGGAGCAUGCUGCGUGAGCACCAGGAAAAACGGACCUGCAUGGAGUACUUCAACUUCGAGGGCUCCCGCUUCACCCCCUACCUCCUACUCGUGGCCUGUGCCGUCUCCUUCUGCUGUCCUCUCGCCGUCAUCAUGGGAUGCUACGCCAAGAUCAACCUCAAACUGAGAGCUGCGGCGAAGCAGAACUCGGUGACGGGUCGAUCGAGGAGAAAUCACAGGGCCAACACCAUUAUUCUCCUCAUCCUCCUCACCUUCAUCAUAUGCUUCAGCCCUUACCACGUCAACGUUAUGCAGUUCAUGUUCAGAAAAAUACACCACCAGCCAGGGUGUGAAGAGCUGAGGGCCUUUAAGGUGUCGUUACAGAUUACAGUCUCAUUCAUGAACUUCAACUGCUGCUUGGACCCAGUCAUCUACUUCUUUGCCAUCAAGACGUACAAGAAGCGCGUGAUGAGCCUGUUUAAAGACUACCUCUACACUUCCGGGGCCUCCUCCAAAGCGACAACCGAGAACAGCAGCAGCAACACCUGAGAGAAACCACAGCUGCGCUCACAGGCCAUACAUCUAGUGUUACACGGAAGACCUGCUUUACCACACUAUACUUAAAAAAGGCCUAUUUUACUCCCUUGUGUUGAGAUGCUGUUUAUAGUGUCAGUUUAACACGGAAAACGUAAGUCCACACCACAUUGACUUAGGUUUGUGUAAAUAUAAAAUUUGCUAAUCUCGAGGUUUCAGUGUGGAGUACAGUAUUUGUUUGUAUUUUUUUUUAUUAUUAUUAUUUUGUAUUUUUUUGAAAACCAAGAUUAUUUUUUCUUAAUUGUAUUCUUCUUCUUUAUAUUAAUCAUCAUUCGGUCCAAUACUGAUUUAAAAAAAAAAAACACACUGGGCAAUAAUGCUAUACAACAGCAGCUUUCACUUCCUUUUUGUAGAAAAAAAACUCUGCAAUCAAAACAUGUGACAAAAAAACAACAACAAAAACAGCAAAUAGAGCAUGUUAUGUGUUAUUGGGCAUGUAGCCUACUACCAAAAAUAUCACAUGGUAUCAAAUAAAUAUUUCAAAACAUGGUGUGAGAAAUGAGAACAUGCCACAGUUCUCUCUUUCGCUCCCACAUCUGACUUCUGUGUGGGAGUAUGUAGAUAACAAUCACCACUUCCUCACCCACCUUUCCUGCUCCCCCUAGUAGGCCUCAUUCCUGCCCCAGGUUCCACAUCUUGUGGUGGGGCUGCUGUGUGUACGUGUGUGUGUGUGCGUGCACGCGCAUUUGUGUCUUACAAAUUCAAGCAGGUGCAAAUUGUGUUUUUUUAGUGCAGAGUCCUAUAUUUAAAUAUAACCUUUGCCAUUUCCUGUGUUUUUGGAAAAACUGUACUAUAAUUUUUGCAUAGAAAGCAAAGUGCAUAACGUGUGUCGUGCAGAAGCAUUAAACUGGUUUAAGAGA